AGAGCCAGCAGCGCGUCCUCGAUUCGCUUCGACCAUCGCUUCGACUACUCGAUCGUGACAGCUAGCGGAGGAACGACUAAAAAGGGGUGGUCGAUCGAUCGGAGAAGACCCAGGGGAGGACAUCUUGGAGACUGGCCCUUGCUCUCCCCUCCUCUACCGACACACAGGGGAUGCGCGUUUCGAUCGUGCAAUUGCGUCGGACCUCAAGUCCAGACACACGUUCGAGCUUUGCUAACGAUUCGAGGCACGUGGAGUAGGCAAACGUUGAUCGAUUGGACGGUACUCGCGAUUCGAUUGUCUAUUGAUCCCGGGAUUCGGUUCCGCGUCCUCUCCGUAGAAAGGCGCGCCUGUCGUUUUCGAGUUCUACGAAUCUUAAUCGCGGAAGAGGAAGAUUCUCAGAGCGGACGAGACAUUUGCGGAAGGAUAUAAGUGAAAAUGUAAUAAAUAAACUGAAAGGAGAAAUACACGGAAUAAUUGUUGGUCGAGGAAGAAAUCGAACGGGAUAGAGGAUCGAAGGGGGUGGCACUCGAUAAUCGGAUCGAGGUGGAGGUGGUUGGCAAGGCCGUGCCGUCGCGGAACGCGUUUAUCGGUCGAAGAUAGGUCGCCGUAUAGUCGAUGUUUAUGCUCGAAGUAUCGGCGCAUCGAGCAACGUUGUAGGUAUCGGAAAAUCGAUAGAAAAGCUAACUGACGCCAGAGGAGAGCGGUGAUGGCGGUGGCGACGGCGGCGGUGGCGGUGGUGGUGGUAGCGACGAUGCCGGCGGCGCGCACCUAGUGGUUUCUCGCAGCCACGACGACGAAUAUGUCAUCGUUGAAGACGUAAGCUCCGUACGAGGGUGGUUGUGAACGCGAGCUGCCGGUAUUCGCGCGAAUUCCACACGAAUUCCACGCGAAUUCCACGCGAACUGCGACGACGAUAAACGUAACUGGAAGAAUCGAGAUAUCGAGAAACCCGUUCGGUUUCCUACCAAAGUGUUUUUCCUACAGACUGUAAAUCCCGCUCGAGAAAGGGGUUAGCCUUUCACGUGGAUCGUGGUGUCUCCGAUUGGAAAGAGAGGGUGAAGACUGGUGCAGGUACGCUCACCGGUGGCGAAAGACAGAGCGCGAGUGAUGUUGUGACGGUGGUGGUAGAAGAAGGAUGUCAGUUGGCGCGGACGCAGUGGUAACGUGUAAGGUGGUGAAAGAGGGAGAAAGACAGAGAGGGUAGCGCGCGUGUAUAGCGGGCUGUGAGUCGCGGGGAAGAAAGGAGAGGAUAUAUCGUACGAGUCGCACCUGGACCCGGAGGAAGCGUAGUUUGAAGGUAGCACGCGUCAGGGUGUCGCGCAGCUGAGAAACGUAAAACGAACGAACGAACGAACGAACGAACGAACUAACGGAAUACAGGGAAAAACACACGAGCACGUCGUUUAAUAGGGUGGACCAGGUGGUAACGGUGCUACUGGUGGUGGUAGUUGGUGGUGGUGGUGGUAGUGAGUCUCGUGGCGAAGAGUAGAGGGGUAUAAGUGAAACGGAACGGAAGGGUCCUUUGGACAGCUCGGGGUACCGGUGGGCACCUAGCGAGAGAAGAAGAGAGAUCGACGCACACGGCGAGACAGAGAGCUAUCCCCCUUCUCUACCGUUCCUCACUCUCUCUCUUUCUGUUGCUCUUUUUACCCUGACUCUCUCUCCCUGUCGCUCGACACGAACUAACGUAUUCACUCGAGCGCAGAGUGUGCGUUCUCACUCGCUCCGCGUAUGUCAUGGGCGCACGGUGGUCGCCGCCGUUGUGGUACCGGAUCUCUAUGCCGAUCCGACGUGCUGGAUGUCGUGGAGCAACAGCAACGUCGUCGUCGUCGUCGUCGGUUGACUCGUGGAAAGUAGUAGCGAGAGUAGACGCGUCCUGGUUCACGAGCGACGUCAUCGGUCGCGGUCACGGUGGCGCGACGAUUCUGAUUCGUUCGAGAUUACCGGACACGAGGAGGUGUUGUUGGUGGUGGUGGUGGUUCACGUCUUCGUUUAUGUCUUCGUUUUUGUUUUCGUUUUCGUCUUCGUCUUCGUCUACGUCGUCGUCGGCGUCGUUGUCGUCGUCGUCGACGUUGUCGUUUCCCUCGUUGAAAAGUGACGCGAGCCGCGACUGGUCUUCCGCUCAGUGACACGACGAAAUAGCGGGAAAGAAAAGGCGACGAACAAGUGCGCGAGACGAGAAGAGAUAAGAGCGAUUCGUAUUACUGUGCGUGCGUGUAUUACGAGCGAUAGGAUAGCGGGACGACAGUCAGCAGAGGAAAAAAGGAACGGUGUCAGUUUCGUAGGAUAAUCGCGGAACGACAGGGAAAGAGAAAAUAGUGACGAAGAAGGAGAAAGUGCGCGGGAUUUCGGAGAGACGAACGAUCGUGCCGGUGUGUGCACGCGGUGUGUCCGAGCACGGGAGAGCGAGUGCGCGGCCACCCGAACUAGAUGUGCGUAAAUGGAAGGUAUAGGGGACAUAGCCGAUCAUCAAUCGCAUAGCGAGCAAUUACUGGACUCGGUCGAUUCCCCGGCGGCGGUGUCUACGCAUGGCCGGGGAACCGGUGGGGGUGGCUCGAAUGGGAACUGUGCAGGUGGUGGAGGAAACGGAGGCGGAGGUGGUAACAACAACGGUGGUAGAGGGACGGCGGUCGGUGGGGGUAGACAUCAUCAUCACCACCACCACCAUCACCACCAUCACCAUCAACAACAACAACAACAACAACAACAACAACAACAUCAACAUCCGCAUCAACAAUCCCAUCACCAUCAUCAACAGCAGAUGCAACAUCAUCAUCAUCAUCCCCAUCAUCACCAUCAUCAACAGCAGCAGCUUCACGAAGGAAGCGGCGAAGGAACGGGGGGAGGAGGUAGGCAUCAGAUCGGUGGAAGUGGAAACGUCGGAGGAGGUGGUGGUAAUCCAGAGGGUAUGUCGUCUUCGGCGUCGCAAAGCCCGGACAUCGCGUGCGCGAGCUUGCCGCUGGAACUACUGGCGGCUGGCGCGCUCGGCGUCAAGGAGGAGCGGGAGCUGGCCGCCGCGGAGGAUCUGUCGUCGUCCCAGGAGCCAGCGUGUAGCAGUAACGGGGCAGGUGGUGGCGGCGGUGGCGGUAGUGGCGGUGGUGGCGGUGGCGGUGGUGGUAGUGGUAGUGGCGGUGGUGGUGGUGGUGGCAGCGGCAGCGGUAGCGGUAGCAGCAGCACGAGCACCAGCAGCACCAGCAGCAGCAGCAGUGGCGGCAGCGGCGGAGGUGCCGUCGGUGGCGCCGUUGGUGGCAACGGCAACGGCAACGGAAACGGCGGCGGCGGUGGCGGUGGCGGUGGUGGCGGUGGCGGCGGCGGCGGCGGUAGUGGAGGUGGUGGUGGUGGUGGUGGUGGUGGUAGUGGUGGUAGACAGAACGCGAGGGAGUCGCUGUCGGUGAUCGUGCCACCUCAGGACGUGGACGUGGACUCGCGCGACGCCGACUCGGAGCUUCUCAGUCCGGGCAAGCUAACGCCGACGUCGGGGAUAAGCGUCUCGGUCGCGAGUAUGAUCGACGCGACGGACUUCAGGGCGAUGCAGCCGGAGCCGACCUAUCAGACACUGACCUCGGUCGCGGAAAGGAUGUCGCCGCCCGGCUUCAGUCCGAACUCCUCUUACGCGACCCUGACGCCGUUACAGCCGUUACCGCCGAUCUCCACGAUGAGCGACAAGUUUGUAUACAGUGCACACGCGGCUGGCGGCGUCACCGGUAGUUUCGCGGUCAUGCAAAACAACGGCCUCGGUAGCAUCGGCCUCGGGAUGGGCAGCUCGCCGUACGCCUACGACAAACUGCCCUCGAUGAGCAUGUCGCCGCCGCACAAUUAUCCUUCGCCUGGCGCCGGUCUUCAACCGAGUCCUCUAUCACCCCAGAGCGCCUACAGUCAGAGCGGAUUGAACUCGCCGCACAAGUCCGCCAGUCCUCACUACGACCCGGCCUUUUUGCCGAGGUUGCAGCAGAGUCCGGCAGCCCUUAGUCCUUCCUCGCCGCCGGCCGUCUCGGCGACCGCAAGUUUCGCGCCUUCUCAUCAUUCCCCGCCCACGCAUUCGGUGCCCGCUGCUUCGCCGCCUCCUAUGCAAACGCAACUGCAACAGCAGCAACAGCAACAGCAGCAGCAACAACAGCAGCAACAGCAGCAGCAGCAGCAGCAGCAGCAGUCGAUGCAACAGCAGACGAUAUCGCACACGCAGCACGUGCAGCACACCUCGGUCGUCAUGAAGACCGUCUCCUCGGCGGGCAACGGAGCCGGCGAGGUCGAGGAGAUCAACACUAAGGAACUGGCGCAAAGGAUCAGCGCCGAGUUGAAGAGGUACAGCAUACCGCAAGCGAUAUUCGCGCAAAGGGUCCUCUGUCGUAGUCAGGGUACCCUCAGCGAUUUACUGCGCAACCCGAAGCCCUGGUCGAAGCUCAAGAGCGGCCGAGAGACUUUCCGACGGAUGUGGAAGUGGCUACAGGAACCCGAGUUUCAGAGAAUGUCCGCCUUGCGGCUAGCAGCCCUGAGCAACUGCUCUGAGAGCGGAGGCGAGCCGGAAGCCAUGCUGGAUAUCCACCACCCAGGAACCGGUCUCGAGUCUCAUCACCAACAGUUUCACAACUCAUAUGCUGCACAGAUUCCACAACGCGGAACAUGCAAGAGGAAAGACGAGAUGGCGAACCAGGCAGAACACCAACAGCCCGCCCCCAAGAAACCGCGGCUGGUUUUCACAGACCUUCAGCGCCGUACUCUACAGGCUAUUUUUAAAGAGACCAAGAGGCCGUCGAAGGAGAUGCAGGUGACAAUCGCCAGGCAGUUGGGCCUGGAGCCGACGACGGUCGGCAACUUCUUCAUGAACGCUCGACGUCGUUCCAUGGACAAAUGGAAGGACGAGGACCCGAAGACCGUGGCGGUCGAAGAGGGACAGCUAUCGCCUACAAUAGGUAUCGGGCAACGGCAACCAAGCGACGUUUUGUGACACACGUCCGACCACGAGGAGUACCACGACGAGUCACCCGAAGAAGAUUUACCCUUCUCGUAAAGGAUAAUUCGAUUAUUGUACGGACGCGAUUUCGUACCUUCGUCGAUCGACGACGUACGCACACUGAACUGAGAACGUUGCUUUCCAUCUAACAUGUAAAUAAAUACCGAUCUCGCUCGUCUGAGGCUCGUUUCGAGGACGUGGUGGGGAGAGAUUUUCGGUCCGAUUCGAAUCGGAAUUUUAUUUACGAUAUCGUUCCUGUUUCCAAGAUAUAGUUCAACUAUUACAGAUAUUUUAAUCUAUUAUUUAUCAAUUGUUCGAUAUUAUUAACGAUCAAAGGACCAAAGGAUUUUUAUUUAUUUUCACUAAACCGUAUGAUUUUGUUGUUUUAUGUUUAUCAUUAUACGUGAAAAUGUUUGAAACGUUAAAAAUAAAAAUAAUUAGAAGCCUACAAGAAAUGAAAUUUUUAAACUGUGCGAAUCAAAAUUUACAUUGAUAAUUCGGAGAGAUUUCUAAGAGCUGCGACUAGGUAAAAAUUUUGUAACUUUUUAAAAGAUCCGCGGAAUGCGAGGCAAUGCAAGAACCAUACGAUGGUACAAUUAUCUUAUAUCCAGAGUUUAGAGCGUCGUUUGAUAAGCACGGUCACUGUGAUAAUUUUUUAACGAAAGCAAAGGCUUGUUCGUGAAUAUUGCAACGGUGCCUCGCUACGUCCUACGAAACAACGUACCAGUUUCUUUCGACGUUGGAAAAGAAACUUUCGAUUCCAUCUGGUCGUCGAAGUUAUCAAAUGGAAAAAAAAACUUAAUUCGACAAACAAAAGCAAUAAACGAAAACUACGUUCCAGAACAGGGAGGUUGAACAUCUCGAAAUCGUGUCCGAACAAAUCGCACAGACCAUCGAUGUUUGAUUUAAAAAUAUUCUAUCUCAACCCUUGUAAGCGUAACUCGAAUAAUGUUUCGAGUGAACAAUCAAUCCAAAAGUUCUCCGGUAACUUGGUGCCAUAAUUUGCCAUAUUAGAAUAAGAUUUUCAAUCGUCUUCUAGUCCACGCGUGUCACGGUGGCUCUUCAAGAACCACCCCUCUUUCUUAUCUAGUCAAAAUUGCGAGUGACACGCAUCGGGUUCUUUGGAAGAACUUUCUGAUAAAUAAAAUUGAAACGUUGCACAAAAUGAACAAAAUUAAAUAUAAAAAGUACAAGGAUUUUAUAAAAUUAAAUAUACCAAAGAAUAUUUCAAAGAGUCGUUCGAGUACCAUAUAGACAAUUCUAAGUGCCAUAUUUUAAAAAACCAUCCCUUAACGAUCUGAUCAGGCUUUUAAAAAAUGCAACGACGUCCAUUUUAAACACCUUCCAAAGAACUUCAGAAAAAAAAAAGAAAAGAAGAAAUUUAUAGGCAUAGGGUAAAAGGGAGAACCAGAAGCAAAGGUGUUGAGGGUCAAACAAAUUCUCGUGAAACAUCGAUGGUCCAAAACUAAGGGUGUAUUUAACUCGUCGUAUCCUCGUUGGUCGUUAACCCAGAAAAAAAAAAGAAACCGUUUAGAAAACUGAACAAGGACGCGAAAAAAAGAACAACUUCGUUUCUUAAACACACACGUUACACAGAUAAAUCUACACACACACACAUAACACUACACCACACAAAGAGGAAACAAAGAGGCAUCGUGUCGAGGGUGCACGUGCCAAGUGAUAUAUUAUAUUCUACGUAUGUAAACGAACAUUGUAUAUCAGAGUGGACGUUGGUUUGCGCGAAUCAAAGCUGAAGAGGACUAAGAAAAAAUGGUGUGCGCAGAACGGAUGUUCGUUCGCGAGAAUCAGUGAUUUCCGGUGUUCGAGCGAACGAAGAGGAUCGAAUAUGGUAUGCGUGAGGGCGAGUGAAAUAACGGAAUUGAGUAUUAUUCGAAUAAAUUUGUAUAUUAAUAAGGGGGUUCAGGAAACUACGAGACUUGAGGGGUCGAUAAUUGGAUUUUUCAAAUUUCAAGAGAGGUAAAAGUAGAAAGACAACGAAAAUAUUAAUUUUUUUUUCUCACAGUGAAUUAAAUGUAAUUCUAAAAAUUCUAAUAAACGUCCCGAAUUCAGUUUUCAAUAUCUAUCUAUUUGCAAACUUUCAAGAUCUAGACUUGGCUCGUAAUUUAAAGUACACCCUUGAUAUUUAGAUAAUUAUUCUAAAAUUAUUCGCUGCAUCGAAUAAGCUUUUAUCCGAAUAAAAGAUUACUCAUUAUCAGCGAAUAAGUUACUCUUAUUCGAAUAAUGACCAACUCUGUGAAACAAAAGGUACGCGAGAAAGAGAAUAAAUGAGAGGAUUUUAGCGAACCGCACUCGAUAUAUCGUACCGCAAUUGUGCUGUGCUAUUGUACAUAUUAAAAAUGAAGAAAAGACGAAGAGGAAAGAGAGAGACUUUUAAGAAUGAAGAGGAGAUGAACAAGCAUGGUUAUUCGAAGGGCAGGCUUCUUUUCGCGUUUCCCGCUUGCACGCGAGCCAAUUUCCUUGGUGGAAAAAACGCCAGUUUUGCGUUCGAUAGGGAUAUUAUUUUUCCACCGUGAUUUUGUUGGAAUCGAGCAAGAGUAAUGUUCCACCCCUUGCAAUUUCUACCCUUAUCGGUUAUUGAGAUUUAUGGAUGUUUAGAAAAAUUUUAAGGGUUGUUCGUUGCGUUUGUGAUAGACGUUCCUAUAAUAUUGUUUAUCCUUUAAUAAGUUCGAAUAAUAUUUAACAGAAAAUCUCCAUAAAUAGACGGAGUUGUUCAGUUGUUUCAUACUAAUUUAUUUGAAUUUGAAGUUGGGGGUGGAAUAAGUGGUUCCUGUUCGAGUUCAACGUACAAACGAUUCCGUACUAGUCGAUGCUACAUUCCUUCGUUGAAAACGUCCAUAUAUAGCGAGCAGAAAUGAAAGGAAAAUGAAAAACACUUUUAGAUCUAUUCUAUUUAGACACAAUUAUCCCGCGUUCUUUCGGUUCCUCGCGCUCGACGUUCUGUUGUUUCCGUUAUACUUCGACUUGGUCAGCAUGCAACGAAACGAGAAAGAACAAAACCGACACAUAGAACGGAUAAAGAACGUUUAAUUAAAAAUAGAAAAGGGGGGGGGGGGGGUUAAGAGGCGGAGGAGGGUUGAAAGGCGGAAGCCAACACUCAUCGUACCAAAAAAUAUGGAAAGAGAAAGAAGAAAAAAUGAAUAAGAAGAAAACGGAAGCGAGCGUCGCGGACGUCGAUUUAUAAGAUCAUAUAUAGUACAAAGUAAACAUAUAUUAUUGUAAUAACGGUUUAAAUUAAAUAUAAGAAAAGCGUCGCUGUUCCACGAUUCGGGUUCGUUACGCGAUAUGGUGAUACGUGGACGAACGUUGGCGUGUGCGAGUUUCAAUGGAGGUUGAAGUUCUCGAACAAAAGGGGGGUUGAUGGUUUCGAGCGUCGAGUUUUUCAUGGAAGUUUCCUCGUCCGUUGUUGGACACCAGAUUACUAUGUUACGAUCUUUUCGAACGAGCUUUUCGACGGGAUUAAGUCUAACGUUUGUCUAUUGGAAAUACCGAAGGACCUUUGCUUGAACACUGCGAAGAUUUUUGAUGAUUCAGGCUGAGAAGAUCUGUGGAGUAUUCGGGAAAAAGAUAAAGCGAGAGGAACACAUAUCGGUAUGAAGUUUCAAAGAUUUGAAUUUGCGAAAGAAGAUCAAACCAAAAAUUAUGAAACUUUACAACAACACAAACGAUUAGAGGAUUUAAUCUAACGUUACUUGGAGUAAAAGUAAAGAUUUAAAGCUGAAACGAGUAAAGCCAGCUUCCAAAUGCACAGAAAACAAUAUACAAUUUCAAUUGAAAGUCAUUCUAUUCAGUUUUCAAGAUGGAUCAUCGUCGUUCAAAGAGAAAAGGAAAAAUCUUCGCAGUGUUUUUUAAAUAUUUCGUAGAAACGGAAUGGAGAAAGAAUUGUCAUUGUCAGAAACUGAAGAUUCGACUGGAGGAGGGGAAAUAGUGGUGAAAAUCACGAUAAAAAGGGUAUGAAGGGACGCGAUGAGGAAACUCUGUACGAUAAACUUGUAAAUAUAUGAUUAAUUCUGCGCGCACGAUUGUUAUUAUUAUUAUUAUUAUUAUUAUUACGAAUAACAUUGUCAUCACCAUUACCAUUGUCACCUCCGUCGCUAUUAUUAUUAUUACAAUUAUUUAUAUUAUUAUUGCGAUUUUUAUCAUUGUAACGAGAGAUAUAAUUGAUUAUUAUAGAAAUAUAUACUGUAAAAGCGUUCUUUGUUGACACGAGAGGGUGAGAAAUGGGUGCGAUUAAUUAGAGCAAUUUCUUCGAAAGACUAUCUACGAAAUAGACCAUCGAUAUCUGACGUAUCGUUGAUGAGACGUUAAAUGAAAGAAGAAAAAUUCAAAUUCCAAAGGGGUGAGUUUCUUAGGGGGGAUGGAAAAGAUGGGGAACCGAAGGACACACACACACACGCUAUGUUACACGCGCGAGCAAACAGAACCCGCUAAAACGUAAAACAAGGACAUAGUAUAUAAUUAUAUAUAUACUAUAUAAAUAUAAAUAUAUAAAUAUAUAAAUAUGAAUAUAAAUAUAAAUAUAAAUGAAUGAUAUAUUAUAUAUAUUAUAAAUAUAUAAAUAUAUAAAUAUAAUUGCCAUUUUCUGGCAUCAGGCGAAGGGUAGUUAGUCAGGGGAUCCGGGCUAGGGUGGGGGGGUUGGUAAUCUAUUUAAUAUAUGCGAAAAACCCCAGCGGUUUAAGGGGUUCGAUCGUCGAUCGAUCCCGGAGUCGAUCGACCGACGAUUGUUGUUUCAACUAGCGUCGCCAGAAUGCGCGUGAAAAUUCAAAACAAAUAAAACAGAGGGUUAAUGAAAAAAAAAAAAAAAGAAGAACAGAAGUAUUCGAUGAUCUAUUUAUGUAACACGUGCGAUACCUCGUCUCGAAUCAAAGGGUGACAGGUGGAAAACGACAAGAUAGAUUCAGAGAUGAAGAUAAACACAAUAAGAACAAACUAGAGGGUGAAUUUUCAUUUUCUCGACAAAGUGAUUUCGCGCGUGACGAACGAAACCUUAAGCUGGUUAAAGGGAUGAACGAAGGGGGUAUGUUCGAGACGUAGGCGAAUGAACAUAUUAUAAAUAUAAAAUCUAUAAAUAUAUAAAUAAAUAUAUUAAAUACAGAAAAUAAUAAUAACGAUAAGAGGGGAGUAAAAAAAAAAAAAACAACCGUAGAGACUAAGAGAAUCUAUUUCGGGUCCGUGUGUGUAUACGCGUUUUUUUAUAUUGCAACGACGCGAGUUGCCCGCGCGAGUUUUAAAUCGAUAGAAACGAAAAAAAAAUUUGGAAUCGCGGAAGGUAUCGUGGGGUGUUUAAGAGAGGGCCAAGUGUAAUCGUGAAAGGUUUUAGGUCUUGGACGAGGGUGGUCGAUGGACGUUGAACGAAUGUUAUCGUGUAGCACGCGUAUGUGGGAAGGGUGAUUUAGCAGGGGGUUGCUUUUUGCUCUCGAUUCGAUUACUCAUUUUCGUUGACCGAUCUUUGUUUUUUUCUUUGUCAUGAUUUCGUUCAACUCAUUGUCAAACACUCAAAAUUUAAAUUGAUGCACUUACACUUCUUAUUUUUAUUCAAAUAAAUCUCAGUGUUAGAGACAUUUAACUCAUAAAUAAUUACAAACAACACAAACUCCUCGUUUCAUUCAGACACAAAUCAUACUGUAUUCUAUUGAACCAUAGGCAAUUUGCAAUUUUUGAAAUUUCAAUCAUAAAAUUGAAAAUAAAGCGUUACCCUCUGAAUAAGAAUAAUUAAAUUCCUCAAAUCUUCACAACUGAGUGGCGACGAAAUCGCAGAGCAAAGACCCCCGGCCCCCGGGGAUGCAGCGUCGAUAGCCCGAGGUCUGCUAAUCGACCUUACACUAAAAACAAUCCGUCAAUCGGGUCCAAGUGAUCUUGAAACGAAAUAUCAAGCGGAAAAAGCAAUGGAACAGCAACGCGUGUGCGGGGGUGGUUUAGAGAAGAAUCGAAGGACGGUAGAAGAACAAGCGAACGGUUCGUACGACAAUAAGGUAUCGAUUAGUUAAUCAGAGAUGAAAUAAUGUAAAAUACAAGUGCAAAAGCAAGUAUACAUUAUUAUAUUUAUUAUAAUACGAGGAGGGUUUGAUCGUGACGGCAUCCAUUGAUGUUUAUGUAAACGCGAUGUGAAAAACCGACACUGAACGAAAGGUGUACUCUCUUUCGGAACGGCAAACAGGAUAAAGAAAGAGGGAGAGAGAGUGAGAGAAAAAGAUGGAUUUUCAGGUGAAAGAAAGGCUCCUUUUUAGAAUUUAAAGAGAAAAUGCGAGUUGCUGCGCUUCGUAGAAACGCGCGAGAGUGGAAACGAGCGUAAACGGAGACGCGAUUUUCGCGUGAAAAUGAUGGAGAAAAAAAAUGAAUUGAAGGGUUCAGCUGGAACGAGCGGAUCGAGAAAACGAAUUCGAUCCCUCGGUUUAGCGGCGUCGUUUCCUUUUUAAUUCCUCUCGCUGAACCGAAGAGGACGAACCGGAGAUCGAUCGAUCGAUCUUCGCGUGGACAUACCAAAGGAUCAUAGAUUAAACGCGAGUAAAGAAGAAAUAAAGAAGCAUUAUUUAUUGUUUACACUUACGUAUUCAUUAGUGAAUGACACACAGAUACUAAAGAAACAGACGUACACACAGAGAGACACUCAAAGUAUGAAUGAAAGAGCGAGAGAAAGAGAGUUGUGUCGUUGUUUUCGCGAGAGAUAAAGCGUGACGAGAGAGGGAGAGAAUGAUUCGAGCGAAUGAGAGAGACAAUUGUGAACGUUCGAAUCGAGAUAUCCCUAUCGAGAUGUAUCGAUCGAUCGAGAGAUCGACGAGUGGCUAGUUUUUUCUUGUAAGUGACCAGUUUGUUAGCGUCCGCUCGUCGAUCGAUCGACCAACGAUCGAACUUCGAAGAGCUUUAAAUUCAACGCGAAAAUUCGAGUAACAAUUUUGUAUUUGUUGAGCUACGAAAAGAAAAAGAAGAACGAUUUCGAAAAGGUGCGGGAAAUUCGAUUCGAGCGUGUAAUCAUGUAAUAGACACACAAAUUUUUUUGCGGCGAGAUCGGGAAACCGUCGGAGGGAGAUUGUAAACUAUUGUAAACUACGAUGUUACUACGUUUUACCAAGAGCUUAUUGUAGUCGAGAACCAUUUAAAAAAGAAAUUUGAGAACGAGACAGGAAAAAAAAAAACAGACACAAAUACACGAUUGACACACACGAGUACACAGGAAAUAAAAAAUGGCGAGUGUUUAUCGUCGACGAGAGGCAAAACCAAACCAAACAACAAACCAAACAGAAAAAAAGUAUUUAAAAAAAAAAUCACAAAAAAAAAAUGGUAAUUGAGUGUAGCACGAAAAAGAAACUUCUUUACACUUUUGCACGAGACGUGUGUUGUACUUAAAUUAAUUAUCAUUGACAUAUGUAAUUAACGUUUUAUUACUUAGCAAUUAAACUUAAUUUAUUUAUGAUUAA